AAUAUGUCGGCCUCUGGUAAUCUUUAGGCCACUAAUAUUAUGGAUAUAUGAGAAGAGCACAUAAUUCUCUUGGGAUUAUACCCGCUUGUUUUUUUUCUUCUUAACGUACGUACAGGCUGAGCGGCCUCCACACGGAUGCUAUCUAUUUCAAAAGAAGUUACAAAACCAAGCAGCUUCCACCCGUAGCUAACAGUUAUUUAAGCUAGCUGCCUGUAGUAAAAUACCGUCUGACAUAUCGGGUCCUGGCUAGCUUGCCAACCAUUUAUCUGUAAAUUAGCCUGGCGCUGGGAAAGCUAACCAUAUGAGCAGUACCCGUACUGCUCGCUGGCACCGCUGAAUGGCUGUCUUAUGGAUGAUAAUGGAUGUAACGAGUUGUCUCUGCGGAUUCUAGUCCAAAGAGGAAAUAGCACGAUUGAGACUGGCAGAUCCCAUUCACCGUGCCUGGACCCUGAGCAACUGUAAAACCCCCUCGCAGGUGCAGCAUCCUGACCGGCCUGAACGACCUGUUGACACUCAAUACUGCCACCUCUCUGUUUCAUCCAUAUACACAGAGUAAUCACCAUCAUAAACAACGAGGCCUCUGCCCAGCGUUUGAUGGGGAAAAGGAUAGCUGAAACCUGAAAAGGCUUAAGAUACAAAUGGCUGGAGGAGUCCCUUCCACACAUAGAAGCUGCAGUUUUUCAGAUUUUUUAUGAGGUCAUUUUUGGGCCAUUGCAUCAGGGAGGCUGUAUCAUCUAAGGGAUUGCUGUGGGAGCGUGUUAUCCAAGCCUCCGCUGGGGAAGGAAGCUGAGGGAAGGCCCUACAAGUCUCUGGAGACGAGGGCCAAAAAAAACAAAAAAAAAAAAAGGCCUGUUGCUGGGAGGUCGACAGUUACAUAACUGACAGGAGAUCAGUGGGGGCAACUUAGUUGUUCUGUGUUGCCAUUACUGGUUUGAUUUGAGAUAAUACCAUCAUCUGUUCUAUACAUAACCCCCGAGCAGUCCAGAUCUACUCUGUCUAUUUUAGCUCAUUCUCAGCAAUUUCAUUUUACAUGGAUACUGAUGGAUGUUCUACUGGAUUUUCCACCAGAUGUUUUGGAAAGAACCAGACCAUCGCUUCCUGCUUUCACAUCCCCGGUGCAGCUGGCAGGUGAGGUGGUUUAAAUCAGCCACCGGCGGGGUUUAGGGAUGCCCCGACACAGGAAAACCAGGCUACUCCACUGGCCCGCUUAUAGACUGCUGUUUCUAGUACGAGUCCUGGACUGAAAACUAACUGUCUCUUUCCUUAACAAGGAGCAAGGGGUUAUCAUUUUUUUUUUAUUUACAAGACCUUUUCUCACACUGCUACAGCUGCCCAGACUGCUGAUCUCUAGGUGCUGAAAUCUCCUCUCACAGACUUAUUUACAAACAAGCCCAGUUCCCAUGUUAGGGCUUGAUCUGCACUUUUUCUAAGCUGAAGAACGACACAGACGAAGGAAAAGAGAUAGCCAUCUCAGAUUAUCAUCCCAGACUUAUUUCUUAUACGCUCUUCUCUUCUUUUACUCUUCCUUUCAUUUUCAUUUCAUUUCUCGCUGCUGCUUUUGUUCCGUCUUCUUAGUCAGUCUGCUAGCAAAACAGGUUUACCUCUGCCAACUCUGGUACCUCACUAAACUCCCAUUUAUAGACCAGUCAAAUCAAUCUGGACCACUUUUCUGUAUUUUAGGAUUUGAUUGGGCUUUUAUAGCAAAUACCGAAGAACUAAAUGAUUGUGUUUUAACAGAAGGGUCCAAAUACGUUUUUGUUUAAAUGACAGCCAUAUUUUUUUAAAAUUGCACUAUUAUCAUGAUUUUCACCAAGCCUUUAUUCACCUUGCUGUACAAAAAUCAGAUUUACUCGCUUUAGACUGAUUUAUAGGCUCUUCUUAAAGACCUAUAAGAAUUAUCACUUUCUAUAGGCUUGUGUUUGUAAUUGAUUGACAUGUCGGAUGGAACACAGUUAAAGUAGCGUGGUGUAUGUGCCUGCAACUCUUUUCCUCUUUAUAAUCUGUGGCUUAUUUGUUCAUCCCGCCUUACCACCUGUUUUUGUGGCUGACAGGGAAACAAGGCUUUUACAGCAGAGAGACUUGUAAGCUUCUUUUAAUCUGACACACACAGUAGAUCAGGAUUGACCUGAGAAUCUAAGAAAACAAGCGUCCACUCCUCCUCCCUCUCUUCUCUCCUCUUUUCCACUUGAAAGAGGAAACCCUUCUCAACUACUCCUCCAUCAUCUCUUUUACAUUUUUAUUUCUUUUCUGCCCAUCUAUCGUCUCUACUCCCAAACUACAACAUUUACAGUCACAUUUAACUUGGAAUGACACAUUCCUUGACAUAACAGUUGCCAAGCAGACAAACACAACAUCUCACACAGGAAGUGAUGCCAGGUGGCAGCAGUAAGAGUGGAGGGCGGGGUCCAUCCUCGUCACCCCUACCCCAUGCCGUGGUCCCGCCCAGCAGACCCCUGCGACCCUCCCGCUAUGUCCCAGUGUCAGCAGCCACUUUCUUCCUCGUUGGUUCCACCACACUCUUCUUCUGCUUUACGUGCCCGUGGCUUUCAGAGCGUUUCUCAGUAGCUGUGCCCAUCUACAAUGGAGUCAUCUUCCUGUUUGUUUUGGCUAACUUCUGUAUGGCCACAUUCAUGGACCCCGGCAUCUUCCCAAGAGCCGAAGAGGACGAGGACAAGGAGGACGAUUUCCGUGCUCCCCUUUACAAGACGGUGGAGAUCAGAGGGAUCCAGGUCAGGAUGAAGUGGUGUUCAACCUGCCGCUUCUACAGGCCGCCACGGUGCUCCCACUGCUCCGUCUGUGACAACUGUGUCGAGGACUUUGACCACCACUGUCCAUGGGUGAACAACUGCAUCGGCCGCAGGAACUACCGAUACUUCUUCCUCUUCCUGUUGUCUCUGACGGCUCACAUCAUGGCCGUGUUUGGCUUCGGCUUGCUCUUCAUCCUCUACCAUCGGCAGAACAUUGACCGUCUGCACGCCAUUGUCACUCUGGCUGUAAUGUGUGUUGCGGGCCUGUUCUUCAUCCCUGUUGCUGGCCUCACUGGCUUCCACAUAGUGCUUGUGGCCAGAGGCAGGACGACCAAUGAACAGGUAACAGGGAAGUUCAGAGGAGGUGUGAACCCUUUCACCAAUGGCUGUUGGAGGAAUGUCUCCCAUGUCCUCUGCAGCUCACAGGCACCCAGGUACUUGGGCAGGAAGAAGUGUGUGCAGAGUGUGUGUGUGCAGCCUCCUUUUCUGCGGCCACAGCUGACAGAGGCCCAGCUGGCUGCAAAGAUCCUGGACAACGGCAUACAGGGAGACCUGCACCGAUCCAGGUCCAGUCUGGAGAUGAUGGAGAGCCAGUCAUGUGACGCUGAGCCUCCUCCUCCACCUAAACCAGAGCUCCGCUACCCUGGAAUCACCAGAGGAAACACGGAGGAGUGCAGUCUACUGAACAAAGCCCCUCCCACCCCCACCAUGUACAAAUACAGGCCCACCUACAGCCCUGGCAAGAACCACACAGCGCUCACACAUGCUUACGCCAACCAGUUAAGUCGAGGAGAGAGUGUUGGCAGUGCCAGGGACUCCUCCUCCUCCACCUCCUCCCUCCUCCAGGCCAGCCAGCAGCCUGGUUUCCGCUCUCAGCCCAGCCUGGACCGGAGGGACACUUCAUCUGACAGAGUGGGAGGGGCAGGAGGUGGGGAGAGGAGGGAGGGAGGAAGAGAGGGGGGAGCAGGGGGCAUCCCUGGCUACUCCCUUGGCGGGCGCUCGUACCCCUCCUUCUCCGACCCCACCGUCCUGUCAGGAGUGGCAUCGCGAUCUUCCAGCUCCACGCACACCUCAGCAGGCGCUGCCCACAUCUCUGAGGCAACCACCACCUCAGCCAGCUUCAAGAGCUUAGCCAAUCAGACACCGCCGCCUCACCACACGGCUCGCAAUGGGAGCCUGUCGUAUGACAGCUUACUGGCUGGGGGGGAUGAUUUCGACAAGGGGGUGGCAGUGGGUUCAGUAGCCCCUGAGGUUUCCUCUGGGAGACCCUGCACACCAGCAGCAGGCGGCUACAGCUCCCCCUUCCUGUCUUCGCAACAGAGAGAUGCUGAGAUGCACUCCCAGUCCUCCCAGUCACCCCAUCACCACCACCGCUCCUCCCACCACCACCACCACCCCUUCCUCCAUCGCUCAUCGUCCUCCACAUCGUCCUCCCCACCACCUCCUCCAGAGAGGGAGCGCCUGCUGGGCGAGACCCACCCGGGCACUCACCCCGCACCCGCCAAUCAGGCCUCCGCUCCCCCUUCCUCCUCAGCUCCGCCUCUGCCACACCACCACCACCACCACCAUCAUCACCACCACCACUCCCAUCAUCACCACCAUCACUCCUCCUCCUCUUCCUCCACUUCCCGCCCUCCCCGUUUCGCUGCCCCUCACGCACCGCCCCACCACGCCUACCCCUACCGCACCCGCUCCACCGACACCCCUCUGGGCUCCUCCUCUACCUCCACCACCCACCCUCCCCGCUCCCCGCACCCCCCACCUCUGGGCAAGUCGCUCUCAUACUCGAGCGCCGCGGCGGCUGAAAUGCAAUACCGGCUGGUCCGAAAGGCUUCUGCGUCAGCCGGAGCGAAUGCAGCAGGUGUAGGAGGAGGAGGAGGAGGAAGUGGAGGGAUGAUGGGAGGAGGAGGAGGAGGAGGAAUACAAGCACCGAAGGAUGAGCUGAUCCAGAUGAAACCUCUGCAUCGGACCAACGGUGGCCAGCCCUUCUCCUCCUCCUCCUCCUCCUGCUCUGCCCCUUCCUCCCCCUCUCACCCAGUCAGCGUAUCCGCCCGGCCCGGAGUGGCCUACCCCAGCUCGGCAUUGAUGCAGAGCCCCGCCCACAAGCCCCAGGGCGGCGGGGUGAAGAAGGUGACGGGCGUCGGGGGCACCACCUAUGAGAUUUCUGUCUGAGCGGCAGCCAGCCCUCCAGCUCAAGGACCAAUGAGACGAAGAGGAGACACUGCUCUCUCUCUGCCUUUGACGGAGACAUUUGGUUUUUUUCAUGAUACAAGAAAACACUCGCACACAUUAGAGGAUGAGUGGAACCAUUUUGUCCAGAUCUCACUCCUCAUUGGCUGAUUAUGGCUAAACUGUACUGGACUAUCCAGACACCCACCUCAAUAAUCCUGCUGGGAAAAUAACAGUGAGACCUGGGCUGAUGUGAGCCAGGACUUACUGGCUCUGGGCUAUUAAAGACAAUAUUUUUUUUUUGGAUCUCACCGGCCUAAACAGGAACCUUGAUUUGGCUGGUUCUCAUGGGUUUUAUCCUCACUGUAGCUCAGUAGGUAGCAUGAGGCACUAGCAUGGUCAGGUCUGGGUGUUACAUUGUACAAAUGCAGCAGCGCAAGGCGUUACCACUGCCAGGGUUAGGAGUCUGAUCCCCCACCAGGGCCACCGCCAAGCUCUGGAUCAGCUGCAGGUUUCUGAAGGUUCAUAUCAGCACUUCUGGACUGACACUGUGUUUAGAAAAAAAAAAAAAAAUCAGUGCAGAUGUUAAUAUUUCACCUUCACAUGUAGAACGUCACUCAACACACAAUGAUAAUGAUGAUUAUAGUAAUAACGCAUUCAUGCAUAGACUGUGGAACCCGAUCAAAAUCAAGGUAGAACCCAAUUUAAAGUUAAGGGCUUCCCAUAGACAGGCAGUGCAGAGGAAAACAAAGUGCGUGACCAGUCCGACCCGGGACACAUCAGACUGAGUUAUCAGUUCAGCCUGACUCAUAAUGACAGCAUCCACCUAAUGUGGAGCGAUUUCAUUGGACCAAGAACACAAGUCGUGUUUGUGUUCCCAGGUGUUGUGCGAUACACGGAGUCUGUAACCUGCUGUCGCUCCCCUCGAGGCUGCGGCGUCGUUCACAGCCUUUUUUUCGAGUCGGUCACGGAAAUGACACGACACGGCUCAGCAGGAGGUCUGUGCCGGACCUGUGACAAUCUACCGGCUGGAAGGAGCUUCACCCAUCGACUCUUCUUCGGUUGUAGCUGCGUGAAUUGACUUGCCUUUUAAAUGGAGGGAAGAAAAACGUGACAAUGGAAAAAACAAAACAAAACAAAAUGCUGAUUCCCUCUUUCUUUGAUUCAUUCGUUGAUUUAUUCCUAGAUGUGAAUACGAUUCCAUGUUUGUACAGGAUGAUGUGAUUUUAAAUGUGGAGUUCUUUUUUUUAAGAAGAAGAAGAAGAAGAAGGAGAAAAAAAAAAUGGUGGCAUUCAUACCGGACUGCAGCAUGCACUACUCUUAGUACUAGCCACUAUAAGCCACCGUGUUUGGCUGUGGACCGUGUGUCGUCUGUUUGAACAAACAGGAAGUGAGGAAGCCAAGAGAGAAAACUUGUUUUGGCCUUUUGUUGUUAAUGGGAUCCUUAAGAAAAGGCAAAUUUUUUCUAGAAAAUGAAUUUCCUUGAGCAAUUGCCUUGAAAACUUAAGUGUUGUCAUUGGGGUUUUUUGUUUUUUUUUAUUUCACCUAUUUAAUUUGAAAUUGUUUUAUAUGAAUUUCUAUGGAAAUAUAGUUAUUGAUAAAUGAAGAGUUUUUAAUAUUGACUCAAAGGAGGGGUUGAGCUGUUGGGUCUCUGAAUCAUGGAUGAAAAGAUUAAAGCAGCCCUAUCAAGACUGGUUUUGGUUGAUGCUCCACAGUCGAUCCUCUGUUUUCUCAGAAUGAAUCUGGAUUCGCAGCGACGGAGGUCACCUCCGAAUAAAGCAGGACUGGAAUCUCUCAGACCAGACGCCUUAUUUACAGCCAGAUUGCAUCUUCAGUAUCAACGUGAUCUCAGUUCAACGGCGGAGUAUUAGGGCCACUGUUGAAAGGUAGGUUCUAAUGUAAUUAUCACAACGUAAUGUAAUGUAAUUAUCACAAAAGCUGUAUUUUUUUGUGAGAAAAGGCAAAUUUACAAGCAAGUCAUUACAAGAUAAAGUUGUAAAUUGAUGACAGUUAUCUUUAAUUUGACAAAAGAAAAGUGUAAUAUUUCAACACUUGAAUAAUGAGUCAUAAAAGUAAAGUCACAGUAUUAGAGGAAAAAGUUUGGAGCAUUUGUACCGUACAGUAUGAAGUAUUUGAAUUAUUCACAUUUGACUUAACACAUUUUAUUCUGAAAAUCUGUCCCCCCCCCCCCCCCCCACAGUGGCCCUAAUGCUGUUGUAGGAUUUACACUGUAGAUGAACUGAGCUUCAUUUGUGAGUCGAGGUCCUCAAGAUACACUUAAAGGCAGAUCACUCUUGGUUUGUGGUAUUUUUAAUCAAACGAUCUUCAGGUGUAAACAGUCAGAGGUGAGGCUGCUCGUCUGAGAAAAUGUGUUGAAUGCUUAAAAAAAAAAAAAGAAGUAGCUGAAGUUUUGCUGGUGCAGUGGACACC